AUGUCCGACAUCUGGCCAGUCUGCAGCGAGUUCUCCAAGUUAUGGGCAGUCGAUGACUCCUCAUCUGCCAUUAUCAUCGGUGGUAAACACAAGAGCCCAAAUAGCGCGUUUAAGAUACAAAAUGUUACGGUAGAAGAACACACUUAUAAGUUGACCACCUCAUACGGAACCGUUGGAACUACCCCACCGCAGCUGCUUGUCACCAAUGAUGAGUCUAAGACCUUAGUCGUCCAGUUCGUGAAGGCUGAUGAUGCUACUAAGGCUACUACUACUACUUCUCGUGUUGAGAAGUUAGGUCUAAGGAUGUUCCCAUUCUACUAG